UGCCAUAUUCCUGGUUGAUGCGUUCCUGGACGAGUGCAAGGUGGAUCAUCAUGGACACACUGAAGGAGGGUCAAAACAAUCAACAAAGCUGUGCGUUUGGCUUGAUGAGGACAAUGGUCAACCUCUGCCAAAAAGACGUAGAGCUGGGGAGAGACGAAAGCGAAAUUCAGCUAACGUUACUGUUUCUUCAGCAAGCGCCACACCCUCCUGUGCUCCAUCAACCAGCACAACUGAGACACUACAAGACACUGUGACCAUCGAAAAUUUAGACUCCCUCAUUCAAGAGGUCAGAGACCUCUUGGGAAAUGGUGCUGAACAACCUCUCCCCUCACUUUGGAGGGACAGGCAAACUUCCUCUCUGGAAAAUUGGACAGUAUUAAGGCCCUUCAUGGUGAACAAUAUGUUGUCAUCAGAGAAGCCGAAGGAGGGGGUUUGCCAUCAUUGUGGACACAAGGCUGCAGUAGUGAUGUGUAGAGACUGUUUACCACGAUCACUCUACUGCACAGCCUGUGACCUUUCCACACAUGAGGCCCUGGUGCUUCAUAACAGAGCAUCCAUGGUGGAGGGGUUCUUCAGACACCCGCCACCAUCCACUUUUGUUCAGCAGGAUGAAGGAGGGAAAUUCUCCUAUUAUGAAAAAGAUUGCAUGUUACCAAUCGUUCCUCCCUGCUGCGACUGCUCCACUGGGCAAACAAUCUUUUCCAGGGGAAAGCCAGUUAUUUUAGUUGGAAUGAAUGGAACAUACAACCUAUUCCUUCCAUCAGUAAACUGCUCCUGUGGAAAAACCUUGCCAGUAACCAUGAGUGAUCUGGUUGAAAGUGGUUACUGGCCAGCCACUGUCAAUUUUGAGACCUUGUACAUGGUGGACUUGUUCACCACGUAUGAAGAUCUUAAAAUCACUGCCCCAGGGAUGUCAAGACAAGCUUUUGUCAGCAUGCUUAAAUGUGUCGUACAAAACUCUUUGGGCGAAGUGGUAAGAUAUGUGGGGACACAAUGCAGAGGGCCUUCCUCGAAUGGGCCUAUGCCAAAUUUGAGGUUGACAAGCUGUCUCAGGUCCAUCAUUUUCAGUGUCCUGCAUGCACACCCACCAUGUUGGCAGUUGCAGUGGAUGGGAACCGCAAAUUAUAUCGUUUCAAAAGCCAACCAGGACCAAGACCUGAUGGGUUUUUUGAUGGAGUCUUUUUGGCCAGUGAUGCUGAGGUGUCCUCCUUUGUUGAUUACAUCCAUGGAAAAACUGGACAUAAUCCAGGAAAAGGGAGAUGUGGUGCGGGUCAGUGGACCGCAGCACGAGAGUCCGCCAACAAGUCUGCGAGUAAACUAGAUGAGGAAGGUGUUGAAGUAGCUGUCUGCCGUCAUGGGGUUUUGUUGAAGGGAUUGAAUAUGUUUCGUAGAGAAGUUUUUGCAUACCCAUUAUAUCUCCAGAAACAGCUAGCUUCACAGAACGUUCAGUUCUUUUGCUCUGAUGUGGUCUGCAAAUAUUGGCCAUAUCUGGAGAGAGUUGUGGACCACUGUCCAGAGUUGGAGGACUUGCUGGAUAUGCGCCCAUUUCUCUCCAUCAUGCAUGCAAAAGCGCAUUCAUGGAUGUGUGAGUUAAAAUGGGGGGGGGGGCGCAAUCAAGAAGGAGCUGGAACAACAAUCGGGGAGGAGGUUGAACAGGUUAACAGCUUCCUCUCCCGAGCAGCCAUAUGUUCCAAGUACAUGUCAAAAGCCGGUAAGCAUUUUUCAUGUAUAGUUGUGUCAAAAUUGAGACCAAGGGGUUUGAACACUGAUGCUCGGCCUUUGCAUUUUAGAGUUCCA